AUGGACGAGAUCGAGUUUCCCAAAAUAGAUCCGGGGCGAGUUAUAGUCUUGGAGAAGAAACAGGCUACGCCCUUACCUACCAGUGAACCCACUUCGGGGCCUGUGAAUAAGAACUUAAACAGUAUAACAUCACAUACUACGCCACCGCAAAGGUCUGGGAGUACGCAGGAUUCAUCGCAAUUGACCCAGCAACACCAGUCGCAGCAGUCACAGGCUCAGGGUACGACCAAAAGCGGAAACGGACUGACACAACACCACAGGGCCAGCAAGACAACGAGCCACACAAACAGCACGGCGCAGCAGAACACUCAGGCCAAGCCUCGACCCACGCCUAAGUCUGUGAUAUUGGCCCCAGGUCAGACACGGCCUCCGAACACGAAGGUGCUACUCCGUGAUGACCAGCUAGCGAAGGUGGGUAGGGGUUAA